AAAUCAAACCAUAUAACUCACCACAACAUACAAUACGGUACCUCACACACAAUGGGUCUUUUUGGUUCUUCCUCCGCAUCAGCUCCGGCUGAUCCAGCAUCAGCAAAAUCACAACAAGUGAAACAAGAAAUCCAACAACAAAUCAGUCAGGAAUUAGCUACUGCCAACGCUACCGAAUUAGUCCGUACCAUAACCGAAAACUGUUUUGACAAAUGUAUAUUCAAACCUCAAGAAUCCUUAAGCUUUCAGGAAGAUCAAUGUAUUGCACAAUGCCGUGAGAAGUAUAUGAGAUCGUGGAAUGUUAUUUCCAAGAGUUAUAUCAGUAGAAUUCAAGAGGCUGCUAAACAUUAAGUAAUGGAUGGGUUUAUAGAGUGGGAUAGUUUAAUAGGGGAUGACACGUCCCGAUUCGACUAUGCUAAUGGUUAGUUUAUUAGAUGUGUAAUGAUGUCUGUAUAUAAUUUUAUCUAAUAAACUUUAACUGUGUAUCUAUUUUAUUGGCAAAUGCCGUCAUAGUAUCUAAAGUAAACUGAUUGACAACUAUUUUUCUAGAUCAUAUACUAUAAUGUGCUAUAUAACAUAUUAUACAUUGUCAAUAU